UGGGCAAGGACACAGGGGCCCAUGAUCCCCUAUUGCCCGGGGGCCCCAUGAGUUGUCAGUCCGCCCCUGGUACCAGGGGCAUCUCCAGAGGCGGACUGACAACUCAUGGGGCCCCCGGGCAACAGCGGAUCAUGGGGCCCCUGUGUCCUUGCCCAAACUCAAAAAAACCUAUGAAAAAGGUCACAGGGGCAUCUCAUGGGGCCCCCUACUGACCCCGGGCCCUCGGGUAGUGCCCGAGUUUCCAAAUGGUCAGUCCGCCCCUGUGUUGAACUUGGAAAGGAGGUAAAGGGAGUG